ACUAGCAUCAGCCGACAUCUUGUUUUUAAAAUGGCGGUAUCACGUUUGCGAUUUCUUCUGUAGUAUAUUUUGUAAAAUGUGGUAAAAUAAGUCAAAUAUGGGUAAUUUUAAUGUGCAAGUUAUCCUUGAUUAAUAAGUGACGUAGAUCGCUACUAAAUUAUAAUAUUCAAUAGUGCGUAAGUGGAGACUGGAGUGAACGGUGAACCCCUUUUAUAGGGGUUUCAUUAGCGGGAUUUUAUUUCGUUGUAUUGAUUUUUAUACGCUUCAACCAUGAUGAUGUACACGGGAACCAGCACGGAGCAAGACACCCGGUUCAGCGACAAGGAGAAGAAGCUGAUGAAGCAAAUGAAGUUUGGUGAUUGUCUCACUCAACAGGUGGACAUGUCCAAGGUGAAGCUGAAUGUGCUGAAGCCCUGGAUCACGCAGAAAAUCACCGAGAUUCUGAAGAUGGAAGACGACGUAGUCAUCGACUACGUGAACAAUCAGCUAGAAGAGAAGUUCCCUUGUCCAAAGAAGAUGCAGAUCAAUCUGACGGGGUUCCUGAACGGGAAGAACGCGCGGCUGUUUAUGGGUGAGCUGUGGGAGCUGUUGCUGAGUGCGCAGGCCAGCGAGAACGGCAUCCCGGAGUCCUUCACGCAGCAAAAGAAGGAGGAAAUAAAGAAACGCAUGGAGGAGCAGCAGAAGGACAAGGAUCGGCGUCGGUCGCGAUCGCGGUCGCGGUCGCGCCGUCGCUCGCGGGACCGACGUCGGUCGCGCUCCAGGGAUCGAUCCAGGGACCGCUCAACUGAUAGAAAACAUCGCAACGGUGGCAGCCCUCGUCGGUCCAGAAGACGCAGCAGCAGGGACAAGAGAAGCCGCAGCCCGUCGAAGACGUCACAUGUGGACGAGAUUAAACUACCGGAAACUAAAGAAAAUGGAAAAUCUCCCGAAAAAGAUGUGGAGGAAGUGAAAGAAAAUAAGCCGGAGGUGGAGAAUGAAGUGAAGCAGGAGGCACCAGACAACUCCGUUAAGGAAGAGGACAAAGUUAAAGAAGCAAAGUCACGAUCUGCUUCGCCGGCAAAGUCUACAACGGAGAAGGAGGCGGCAGACAGCAAGCCGGCUGAGAAGCGUCACUCGUCCAGCGAGCGGCGCUCGUCUUCUGCGUCGUCCCGUGGUAGUGUGAAGAAGAGGUCGUCCCACAAGAAACGUCACUACCGCUCGAACCGCGACUCGUCUGGCAGCGCCAGUCCUAGAAGGAGCUCGCGCAGAGAGAGGAGCAAGUCCCGUCGUCGCAGCAGCCGGCGGAGGUCGCUGGACCGCCGCGACCGCGAGAGAGAACGCGAGCGGGAAAGGGAAAGAGAGAGGGAGAGAGAACGAAGACGCAGGGAGAGGGAGAGACGGGAGAGGUCGCGCGAACGUCGCCGAUCGCUCGAGAGGCGCACUACUAGACGCUCGCGGUCGCGCUCUCGACGGCGUUCAAGAGACAGGUCACGCGACCGCCGCCGCUCCCGCUCCCGCCGCCGCUCUCGCUCGCGCCGUCGCUCCGGCCGCCGCUCGCGCGAUCGUCGCUCGCGGGACAGGCGAUCCCGGGACAGACGGUCACGGGACAGAUCCGGGGAUAAGAAGUCAAGAGAGCGCACAAAGGAUAGGAGAUCCAGGGACAGGAAGUCUCGUGAUAGAAGAUCCAUCGAUCUGAAGGAGCGUCUAGAAAAAUCCGUGUCCAUCCCACGGAAAGAAAAUCUGGACAAGCUAAGAAAGAAGUCUCCAGAUAGUGUAUCAAUUGUGCAUGAACAGUCUAAAGAUCAUGCAUCGAGUUCUAGUCGAGAGUCGUCGGUCGCUAAUGAGAAACCCGCCGUCGAAAACAACAGCCAAGAGAAAAAUGCAAACUCAUCUGACGACGAGGAGCGCGAAGAUUUCGUCCCCAUACCCACUCUCCGUGAGUAUUCUAAGAGUCUGUCCCGAACGCCGUCACCUUUCCUGAGAAAACACGAGAUGGAAAAUAACAAAAAGUCAGACAGAUCCGCCGAUGAAGCCUCGGGAAAAGAAAUUCACGACGAGGAGGCGGCUAAAACUCAGGAAACUAAGAAAAGUAAACGCAAGGGACGCCAAUCGGUGUCCGAAAGUGAUAGCAGCGAGGAGGUCGCCAAGUCCAAGAGCAAAACCAAAGUCAAACGCAAGGAAAAGGUCUCCUCUAAGAAGACAAAGAAACCGAAAAAGGAAAGCUCGUCUAGCGACAGCGAUUCCGAGGACUCGUCCACUAGCGACUCCGAGGAAGAUCGGAAAAAGAAAAGCAAGAAGAAUGCCAAAAAGAAGUUAUCGAAAAAGUCUAGGAAGAAGAGGUCCCGUUCCUCGAGCUCGGAAUCCAGCUCCGAGGAGGAAGUUAAGCACAAGAGUUCUAAAUCUAAACAAAAGAACAUUCCAGAUGAAUCCGAUACUGACAAAAAAUCUAAAAAGCGUACUAAAGAUGUUAGUCAGGAACGCGCGAGGGUCGAAAAAGGCGACGCUAAACCUGGCAAAUCUAAGAAACCUCAGUCUAACUCCGAAGAUUCGCACGACAGCUCGGAGAGCGAGGAAAAGCCAGCUAAGAAAAAGGCGAAGCACGAUUCUACGUCGUCCGAGAAGGAAAUCAAACGUAAAAAAGUAGAAUCAGUUAAAGACAAAAUCGCUUCACCCGAAGGUGUAAAAGGUAGGAAAACUGACGAGAAAGUAACUAAAACGAAGCAUGUUGAGGAAUCUAAAACAAAAGUGCGAGAGGACGGCGACAAGAAAGCGAAGAAACGCGAGAAGGACGAUUCUUCCUCGGAUUCGGAUCAGGUAUCGAAGAAGAAAGCUAGAAAGAAGGUUUCCGAAAGCGAGUCGGACUCCGAUAGCGAUGAGCCCAAGAAGUCGAAAAAGGCUAAGAAGCAUAAGAAACAUUCUAAAAAGCAUAAGAAGCACAAGAAGCAUAAGAAGUCAUCCAAGAAGAAGGAUGAUUCCUCCGAUAGCGAGGAAAAUGAAGACGAAGAAGAGGAAACUAAAGUCAAUAACGAGGACUUGGAGAAGAAACUUCGAGAAAGAGCGUUAAAGUCGAUGAAGAAGCAAACUAGUGCGUCUGGGUCAGACUAACGCCGCCGUAGAUAAGUCUAGAUGUAUGACAUUUUACGCUGUGUAACAAAAUUUUAAUGAGAUAGCAAACAUGAUUUUAAGGUGUAUGCCCUUGUUAGAAAUAAAUUUUAAUGACAAAU